AUGGACCAAUCUUCCGGGCUCUCCACCCAUGCUGGCGCGACAGUCGCCCAACUCCUUCCCGCAUUCGACUUUUCAAAAUUCGACAUCCCUCGCAAUGAAUCGGGCACUAGUCCAAUUGAUAUGUCGAUGGGUGAGAAUGGUGUGCUUGGUGAUGAAAUGAUUUCAGCCUGCAAGAGUGCUGUUGAACAUGGCUUUGCGGUGGGCAAUCUAUCAUACCCCAAAAGCCCUCUUGGUGAUCCCGAGCUUUUGAAGAUCUUGGCUAUCUUUUUCAAUAAUUAUUUUCAGCCCGCCCAGAGGGUAGAGUCAUCGCAUAUCUCAGUUGCAGCCGGGGCUUCGGCAUGUCUCAAUGAUCUAAUGUAUAGCAUCUGUGAGCCGGGAGAUGCAGUUUUAGUGCCUGGUCCAUAUUGGAGUGAGUGUUUCAUGACAGAAUACAAAGAAGAAAAGGAGACUUUGAUGCUGAUUCUGGCAGAUGGAUUCGACUUUCACUUUAAUAUCCGAGCUCAGGUCACUCCAAUUACCGUCUCUCUUCCUCAAAUGGAGGAUCAGUUUACGUUAGAGUUGAUCUCCGCACUUGAAAACGCGUACAAAAGUGCUUCUCGCCCAGUUCGAGCGAUUGUCCUCACCAACCCUCACAAUCCUUUAGGGAGAUGUUAUCCCAAGGAGGUCCUCGAAGGCUGUCUCGUGUUCUGUGCCCGUCACAAUCUGCAUUUUAUUUCCGACGAGGUCUACGCGCUCUCCACCUUUUCCAGUGAUGACUUCUCCCAGACUCCAGUUCCCUUCACUCCAAUAAUGUCACUCGACGUGACCGCUAUAGGCGGAGAUCUAUCACGGGUACAUACGGUAUGGAGUAUUAGCAAAGAUUUCGGCUGCAACGGACUACGAAUAGGCUGCAUCGUGUCCCAGGAGAAUCAACCUCUCAAUCUUCAUCUCGGUAUUUCGGCUAGCCUAAAUUUCUCGUCAGUCAGCUCGCUUAUCGCUAAAGCAAUCCUCGCAUCCCCUCAGUUGCCACACUUACUCGCCCUCAAUUCCCAGCGCCUUGGAAAACAAUACAAGGUUCUAACGGCGUUUUUGAAGAGCCACGGUAUUGAGUACUUUCCUGCAUCGGCCGGGCUCUUUGUAUUUGCACGACUGGUACCUGAUUCAAAAACAUGGGAGGAGGAAGCUGACAUGGUUCGUCGGAUGAGAGACGUUGGAGUGCUAGUUGGACCUGGAAAGGUCUAUCAUACCGGGGAGGGGGACAAGGGGUGGUUCCGAUUGACCUUUGCUUUAAAGAAUGACAUACUUGAGCAGGGGUUGCAAAGGCUGGAAAGGGGAUUGAUAAACUUCUAG